AUGGCGGGAUCUCUGGCGGUGAUACCAAGCAACGACGUUGAUAACUCAGCAACCACCAUCAGAGACCAGUGGGAGAUCUGCUUCGCGCGCUUUGUUCCCUAUCCAACCUCAUCCCCAUCCUCCUCCGCCGGCCUUCUCCCUCUGCCUCCUCGCCUCCGAAACCGUUCUCCCCGCGGCAACUGGAUUUCCUCCCCUUCCGUCGCAUUCCUCCGCCUCCUCCCCGACCUCUCCCACCGCGACGUCAUCCUCACCGUCUCAUUCAAUGCCAGCCUCCUCGAAGAGCACUACGUUUCGAAACUGCAUUUCUCGUGGCCUCAGGUGUCAUGCGUCUCUGGAUUUCCAGCUAGGGGAAUCAGAACUGUGCUUGUGAGCUUCAGAGAUUCCGUAGGCGAGAUUCAAAAGUUUGCUUUGCGGUUUCCAUCACUAUAUGAAGCACAGUCAUUUGUAAAUAUUUUGAAGGGGCUCCUGAAAGAUGAGAAGGAUCCAGAACCUUUAAAUACUGACUUUGGAUCUGAAAUUUCAUCACAGUCAGAGUUCGUGUCCUCAAACAAGCACUGCCACAGACCCAGCGAGGAGGCCAGCUUUAUGACUCCCGUUGACACUUACAAACCACAAAUGCCACGAAGUAUUAAAACCGAAGAAAAGCAGCCUUCAGGCACCCAAGAAAUGGAAGCACCACCUGGUUUCAGCAUUGCAGGAAUCCUCCCAGCUUUACCACCCAGUUUUACCACACUUCUGAUGGAUUGCUCUGAGAUCAACCAUACUCAACCAAUUGCUUCCCAGGAAAUUGAACUGAAGUCCCAAAUUGUGAGGUACAUGGAAGAUUCUUCCUUCCAAGAUAUGUUGGUUAAAGUGGAGAAAGUUAUCGACGAAUUGGGGGGUGAUCUGUCGUUGCCGUAGUUUUCCGAGGGGCAUUGAGAACAACACACUGAGCAGCUUAGCAUAUCCUGCUGGCUGCCGAAGCAUGGUGACGUCUAUCACAAUUUGCCCAAAUGUACUGUGGCUUUGUAUGUCCUUUCUCAUUUUAACAACAAAGCACAGACUAACUUACUGAGUCAAGGUUAAAUUUCUCGUUAGCUUCCUCUUCUGUUCAGUAAAUAGCAAUGCCAGGAACCAGGCAA